UCCGUGGUAAUGAUUUUAACGCUUGUCAAUGAAUACGUUGAUUAACUUUAAUCUGCAACAUAGUGUUUUUUCCACAAUGAAGAUGGUACAAACAUGUUUUUUCAUGUCAUGUUUCCUAUCUUUUUGCUUUUCUAGUUUCGUUCCUGUAACUGUGUCGGUUGGGUUAGUAUCCAUUGCUGGCUACUUUGUCUGGGAGCCGUUGUAUUGUAUUUUUAAAGAGUGCUGUAAAGAUAAAUGGAUACCUGUUAAUAUUUCACGUUUAAACAUGCACUUGAAUACGCAAGUUUUUGGCCAACACAUAGCAGUGGAAGUGGUUUACAAGGCCGUCAAAGGUCACGUCGAAAAUCCAAAUCCUUCUAAGGCUUUGGUGCUUUCCUUUCAUGGCUGGACUGGUUGUGGUAAGAAUCACAUGAGCAACAUUAUUGCAGACAGCCUUUACACGCUUGGAGGAAGUAGUAAUUAUGUGCACAAAAUCAUAACAACUACAGAUUUUCCUCAUGCUGAAAAGUUGUCACAUUACAAAGACAUUUUAAUCAGCAAAAUUGUGAGAAGUGUCAAGGAUUGUCCAAAAACCAUGUUCAUCUUUGACGAGGUGGAUAAAGUUCCAAAGGGACUACUGAAUGUUGUAAAACCAUUUCUCGACCAUCAUGAAACAGUUAAAGAUGUUGACUACCGUCAGUGUAUAUUUAUUUUUCUUAGCAACACAGGUGCAAGAGUGAUUAACAAUUUUGUCAUAAGUCACUGGCAGAAAGGUAAGAAACGGGAAGACCUUACAAUGAAAGACUUGGAAAUGAUUCUCAACAACGAAGUUUACAACGUUGAUAACGGUCUUUGGCAUAGUGAGUUAAUUUCACAUAACCUCAUAGAUUUUUUUGUCCCCUUUUUGCCAUUGGAAAGGCACCAUAUCAAGGAAUGCAUUAAGGUGGAUCUAUUGAAAAAGGAUAAGAAUCCGACUGUUGCUGUUGUAAACAAAAUUGCUGAUCAAAUGCAAUAUGAAAAACCAGAUAUGGUUUUCUCAUCCACUGGAUGUAAACGAGUGUCUACUCGAGUGGACUAUGUGAUCAAUGAGGGAUAAAAUGGGCAGUGGUGGAUUUUAUCAUGCUAAAUACUUUUGUUAUCCUAAAUUUCAAUUUUGGCAAUUUUAUACCCAGCGCAUGAAAACGCAUGGGAUGAUAUUUUCAUAGAAAUUAUUUGUAUUAGUUUUUAAAAAGAUCUUUGACAUGUUGUAGGUGACUAGACUACACAAAUACAUGAUAAACUUUUUGAUAAAGUAGGUAAAUAGUUUUGUAGAAAGAUAAACUACUGCAAAGUAGUGGUUUAAAUUAUAAAUUAAUUUUCCUUCGCAUUACUUAUUAAUGCGCAAGA